UACAAAAAAAUAUUUAAAAAAUUAUAAAAUCUCACCCACUCAAAUGAUGACCACAUGGAUAACGCAGGAUAUAGAAAAGUGAAUCAGAGUCCAGAUAUCAGCAGGGACGAUCCCUCGGGUGAGGAAGGUUAUACGGAUACUGAGAGGGAGAACUUCGUUCUUAAUUUAAGUGACUUGAUCCUUCGGCUGAAGAACUUCCGUCGCAGCAAGCAGCAAAGACUUCCGCUCAUCGAGACGGAAGUGAGCAAACUUUGCAGCCUGGCACGUGAACAUUUCAUGAACGAACCCAUGCUACUGGAUGUUUCGGCUCCCGUUAGGGUCGUUGGCGACAUACAUGGCCAGUAUAUUGACCUCCUAAAGAUCCUCGACCACUGUGGCUAUCCUCCGAACACAAACUACCUAUUUCUGGGGGAUUACGUGGAUAGGGGAAAGAAUUCCGUGGAAACGAUCACCAUGCUUUUGGCCUUGCGGGUCAAGUAUCCCAAGCAUGUGCAUCUAUUACGUGGCAACCACGAAUGCCAGUCGGUUAAUCGGGUCUAUGGAUUUUUCGAUGAGUGUAAACGGCGAUACACGGUGAAACUGUGGAAGACCUUUGUCGAUUGCUACAAUUGUAUGCCGGUUGCAGCAACGAUUUCACAUCGCAUUUUCUGCUGCCACGGCGGCUUGAGUCCCCAACUGAAGGAUCUUAGCGAUAUCGACUCGCUCAGCCGUCCAACCGAAAUCCCAGAGACAGGUCUGCUGUGCGACCUGCUGUGGAGUGAUCCGGAUCGCUAUGGUUUCGGUUGGACGCCGAGCGAUCGGGGUGUCAGCUACCUCUAUGGACGCGAUGUUCUGGAGAAGUUUCUGCAGAAGCACGAUUUCGAUCUGGUAUGCCGGGCCCAUCAGGUCGUCGAGGAUGGUUAUGAGUUCUUUGCCAAACGGCAGUUGGUCACAGUCUUCUCGGCCCCGAACUACUGUGGGAUGUACGACAAUGCUGGGGCUUCGAUGGGCGUUGACAAGGAUCUGGUUAUCUCUUUUGAUGUACAGCGGCCCGAUAAUCGAAAAGCCGUUCUGAGGAAGGUCAGCAUUUCACCAGCAAAUUGAGAAAAACCAGGAAUAGACUGUUUUACCAAAGCGGACAAAGGGUUGUUAUGUAACAGUUCGCGCGAAUUCUUUAGGUCGCAGCACCUGUUGUUCAACAGAAUGCAAAAACGUUACUAUUCCCAGCCUAUUAA